GCAAAAGAUGCAGCUGGCUGCGAUGGAACGAUAAAUAGACAAAAGCAACAUCGACUUCACUUAUCAUUUUUAUUUUUUUUGAAGCAGGAACAGGAACUGGCUUAGAUGUCAGAAUUUUAAAAGAAAAGAUUUUAAACUAUUGCUCUCUUUUAGCUUGGUCAAUACAGACCUAAACUGUAUACUGUAACUUACAUUACAUCUACCUUAAAGCCACCAUGCAGUGACGACCAGAAAGCCGGCUUUGUUCAGCAGACGCUGUGUGUGGAAAAGCAACCUGUCCUUGUCAACUCUGCCGGGGGCCUGCUGUAGACAUGAAGCUGCCCAAUUCCCAGCGUUGCUUAGGCCCAAACGUUUACCCAGAGGUCCCUGAUGGCGGCUGGGGCUGGGCUGUGGCCGGGGCCUUCUUCUUGGUGGAAGUGUGCACUUAUGGGACCCUCAAGAGCCUGGGUGUGUUCCUCCAGGAUCUGAUGGAAGAGUUUGGGGAGAGCAACAGCAGAGUGUCAUGGGUCAUCUCCAUCUGUGUUUUCAUCUUUACCUUCACUGCCCCCCUGUCCACCAUGCUGACCAAUCGCUUCGGCUAUCGCCCGGUGGUGGUGAUGGGAGGCUUCCUUAUCAGUCUGGGAACCAUCACCUCCGCCUUCACCAACUCCAUCAACGAGAUGUACAUCACCAUCGGCAUUGUCUCAGGCCUCGGCUACUGCCUCACCUUCCUUCCCACCGUCACCAUCCUAGCCCAGUACUUUUCCAGGCGGCGAGCCCUCGUUACCUCCAUCGCAUCGUCCGGAGAAUCCUUCGCCCUAUUUGCAUUUGCUCCAGGUGAGUGUUCAGUCACACAGAGGCAGUUAGCUGAAAUAUGACAGUUAGACCUUUAGUUUUCAUGGGGAUGGAUCAGUAUCAUAUUGGUAUUGAUAUAUAUGUUAACUAACUUUUAUAAAAAUAUCUUUUUGCCACAUUAGUUGAUAUUU